AUGGAUUCGCAAUCACAGCCCAAGAUCCCUGUUAUAGAUAUGUCAAACGAAAGAUUGAAGCCAGACACAAGCGUCUGGCAAUCUGCAUCCAAAGAAAUAAGGAAUGCAUUUGAAGAGUUCGGGUGUUUUGAAGCGAUUUACCGCAAAGUUCCUUUGGAACUUCACAAUUAUGUCUUUGCCACAGCUGCAGAAUUAUUUGAUCUCUCGACUGAGAUCAAAAUGAAGAACAAAAGCAGUAAGACGUACUUCGAUUAUUUCGGACAGUAUGCUUCCCUUCCACUCUAUGAAUCCUUGGCCAUUGAUAAUCCAACCAGCCUUGAAUCAACUCAAAGUUUCACCAACCUCAUGUGGCCCUCCGGAAAUCAACAUUUCUGUGAAAGUGCUCAUUCCUACGCGCAACUAGGGGUGGAGUUAGAAAAAAUGGUCAUAAAAAUGCUAUGUGAAAGCUAUGGGCUUGAUAAUAAGCAUUAUGAAGCUUAUAUUGAGUCAGUUAAUUAUCUUCUUCGUUACUUCAAAUAUCGAACUCCAGAGGCGAACGAGUCGACGGUGGGAUUAAACCCCCACACAGACAAAACCUUGAUAUCCACAAUCCAUCAGAGCCAUAUUAAAGGUUUGCAGAUCAAAACCAAGGACGAUGAAUGGAUCGAUGUUGAGCCUUCGCCUUCAUCUUUUCUUGUCAUGGCGGGCGAUGUACUCAUGGCAUGGAGUAAUGACAGAAUACGACCUUGUUGGCAUAAAGUUACCAUGAUUGGAAGCGAAAGGAGAAUAUCGAUGGGACUAUUUUCUUUCAUCAGUGGCACAGUAAAUAUACCUGAGGAGUUUGCAGAUGACAAUAGGCCCUUACGGUAUAAGCCAUUUAGUCAUUUUGGGUAUCUUCGUUUCAAUUCUGAGGCAGAAUCUAAAGGAUUGUCUUGUUCUAUCAAAGACUAUUGUGGUAUUUGA